UGUUCUCACGCGAUCGAAACUUCCCGGCAACCGUAUCUGUGGAUUUAAUAGCGGUGGGAAAUUAUGUACGGUAACGGUGUAAAGGCGAUUUUGUUCGAUUUGGAUAAUACUCUUAUAGACACACGUGGUGCCGGCGAAAGCGCCAUUAAAAAAGUUGCUGAAUUGCUCAGGACAAAACUGCAUCAUGGAGACGUCGAUACUAUUUGUAAGAAAUUUAAAGAAAAGCUGCUUGAGGAAUCAUACCAACCCUCUGCAGACUUGACCAUUGACCAGGUGAGGAUAAAUUACUGGGACAUGGCCAUUGAAGAAGGUGAGGGCUUGGAUCAUGACCCCUCCCUGGCUGCUCAGUGUUACUGGCUUUGGAAAAACACAAGACUGGCUCACCUCCGUAUCCCUGGGCCAGUCCAAAGGCUACUGCAAGAGCUGAGGACAACCCACAAGCUGCUGCUUUUGACCAAUGGGGAAUCCCAGACACAGAGGGAAAAGAUCCAGGCUGCGUGUUGCAGGGGUCUCUUUGAUGCCGUGGUGGUAGGUGGGGAGCAUGCAGAGGAGAAGCCAGCCCCUUCCAUUUUCCAGCACUGCUUCCACCAGCUGGGGGUGGGGCCCCAGGACUGCAUAAUGGUAGGGGACUCGCUUGACACAGAUAUCCUUGGUGGCAUCAACGUAGGUGUCCGUGCCACCGUGUGGAUCACCGACAAGGGCACCAUACAGCCGGAGGCAUCUAUAAAGCCAGACUAUGUUUUAGCAACUGUGCUUGAGCUGCCCUCAGUCCUGUCCACUUUGUAGCGAGAGAUUCAAUCAGACAUGCUGUGAAAUGAUAAACUUUAUUGAUCCCCAUGGGGAAAUUCUCCUUAUGCCCUCCCCCAACUUGCUCUCUAUAGAUUGGAGUAAGCUGGCCGUGAAGGGCAGCCAUCCAUUUGCAGUGCCCAGGGAGAUAGGAGUUAAGGGCCUUGGCUCAAGGACCCCACAGAUGUGCUGAAGCCGGGCUUGAACCAGUGACCUUCCAAUCACAAGCAGAGACUCAAAUCUGUAAUUUGGUAGUAAAAGAUGCAUAAAGAGAAAAAUUGUAGUUUCUCUCCACCAAUAUGAAUGUAAAUAUAUUAAGAUUGCUGCUGUGAAAUAGAAUUUUGAUUAAAAUAAAAGUUCAUGUAACACC